AUGGGUUCUUUGGUCUUACAGGACGAUGAUCGUCUCAGAAUCAUGGAGUUCGGCACAAUGUGUGGCAUUCCAUCCGCUCUAAACGCAGUGAUCAAGCUGGGAAUUCCAGAUAUCCUUUCAAGUUCCCAAGACGCCCCCCUUUCUUCUGCUGAAAUCAUCGCCCAAAUCCCGGCCUGUGGAUCAUCCGGAAGUGGAGCCAACUUGGACAGGAUACUCCGAGUCCUGUCCAGCAUUGGAGUCUUUCAAGAGUCUCUCCACGAUGGAGGAAUCAGGAAGUAUGGAGUCACUCCUCUUUGCAGGUACCUCGUCACAAAUCCCAGCAAUGGUGGAUUGCCACUUUCUUCCUGGGUGAUUGUCAACCAAGACGUGGUUUUCAUGAAAACUUGGGAGUUUUUGUACCAAUCUGUGACCACUGGAGCUGACCCCUUUACUGCUGCGCAUGGAAAGCCGCUGUUUGAUCUUACAGCCGAUAACCCGCGGUUUCGGGGGAUAUUCGACUCUGCCAUGUCCGAUAACUCCAAUGCUUACAUGCGAUUGAUUGUAGAAGCUUACGAUGGUUUCCAGGGGGUAAGAACUCUGGUUGAUGUUGGCGGAGGUAUUGGAAACAGCUUAAGAGUUAUUCUUGGUCGCCACAAAGGAAUCAAAGGGAUUAAUUUCGAUUUGCCUCAUGUUAUAUCUAAAGCUCCAGAUUUCCCGGGAGUGGAGCAUGUGAGUGGUGAUAUGUUUGAUAAAGUUCCACAGGGUGAUGUCAUUUUUAUGAAGUGGAUUUUGCACGAUUGGAAGGAUGAAGCAUGCAUCACUUUACUAAAGAAUUGCUAUGAAUCACUCCCGAGCAGAGGAAAGGUAGUGGUGGUGGACUCUAUAUUGCCAUCCGGGACAAACCACAGCUUUGGCUCUAGAUUUGCACUUAACAUGGACUUGCUCAUGCUAGCUUAUACAGGAGGGAAGGAGAGAACUUUGGAAGAGUUUGAGGCAUUAGCAAAUGCUGCUGGUUUUGCAGAAGUCAAGGUGGUUAUUACACUAGAUUUCUUAUCUGUAUUAGAAAUGCAUCGAUCAUCUGGGCAACCUAUUUAAAUCCCUCAGUCUCAUGUUUCUAUCUGAGUGCUGCAAAACCAUGUAAACAGAAUAUGAAUAAAAGAAUGAAUUAUAUUCUUAAAAAUUUAAGAGGAA